GGCUUUUGAGAAGCAGAAGGAAUAUAACGAGCACGCUGUCAUGCUGUGUUCAGCAGAAGUUCACACUUUGGAGUUUCAAACACAGAGAAACGUCUCUCAAGAAACAUGGCGGGGAAUAUAAAAGAUAAAGAAGCAUAUCAACGGCUGAACUUCCUCUACCAGGCUGCUCACUGCGUUUUGGCUCAAAAUCCAGAGAAUGUUGAACUGGCAAGGUUUUACUGCCUCACUCAGAAGACCAUCUCCAAACGACUGGUGCUCAGGCAAGAUCCAUCAAUAAAGAGAACCGUCUGCAAAAAAUGCUGCACUUUACUAAUACCAGGUGUCACAUCAACUGUACGACAAAAAAGAGGAGCAAUGCGACAACGCAAGACUGUUGUGCGGUGUUUAAGUUGUGGACUGACCAAACAUUUCCCAAACAACCCAAAACAUAAACUGUGGGUGGAUCAACCUGAGGCUCAACUAGAAAACCAGACCUCGCAAGAUGCCGGUCCUUCAUCUAAACCCGCAACCCAAGAGAAGUGCGAUACUGACUCGGCAUCCACGACUGCAAAGACUUCAGCCCAAACAAAUGCGCCUAAACCUUCACGACACCCUACAUACUAGUUAAUAUAACUACUUCAAGUCAACGGCGUUUUUGUCACACUUUUUUUGUAUGCAUUUUUUUUCCCCCUCCCUGACAUUAAGUGCAAUAUCGUUUUUUUUUCCUCCCGCAUCUAAUGGAUGUUUUGAAUUGCAAUAAAGCGAUUCUACUGUAA